AACUGAAUACAUGUUAUUAGCCUAGAAUGUAUAGGGAGGUUUCACGGCAGUCGGGUUACGACCCAUGACCCGUACUUUUGCUACGCUCCACGUACACGCGAUGAACUGCAGGUUCCCAGCGUAGCGGGCCCGGUAAAACCCGCCGAAAUUGACAAUUUUUACGCUGUAAAUAAUUAUGUAAAUCGGGAUAAUCGUGAGGGACAUUUAGCUUACUUCAGAAUUCCAAAAGUGAGGAGAAAUGACGGUAGAUAGAAGCGAGAGCUGAAGGGACAACAACAGCCAGAGUGCUUGGCGAACAUUGGCCGUUUGCUCACUGCAUUUCAUCAACUAAGGCAAAACAUUUAAAAUGUUAAAAUCGCCCAUGGUUCUCAAGUGGGAUUUUACAUACAAAAGGAAAACGCCUCUGAAGCAAAAUUUACAGCCAGAUUUACCACUUCUGAAACUUUUUAGAUACCAAAGGAAUCAAGAAAAACCACAAAUAAUGCCUUACUGUUGAUCCAGUGAGCAAACGCGAUAAUUCCCAAUAUUUUCAAUUCCGAUAUCUGCACGGCCAAUGUUCGCCAAGCACUUUAGCUGCUGUUGUCCCUUCAGUUCUCGCUUCUCUUUACCUUCAUUUCGCUUCACGUUUGGAAUUCUGAAGUUGGGUACAUGUCUCUCACACUUACCCCGACUUCCACAAUUUUUACAGCGCAAAAGUUCAACAUUUUGGCUGUUUUUAACAGGUGAUGGAGGUUUGUUGCUGCUGCCGGGCGCUGCUGAUAGCGCUGAUCCUGAGCUGUGUGCCGCCCCCGGGCACCGGGCCCGCUCCAGCAUCAGCCGGACACAUCCGCAGGUGUGUGAGCGGGGAGCGGGGGCUGAUGGAGCGUGUUGCCCCCGGUGUCAUGCCCGGCCCUAGCUGCCCCUCGCUGGGUGCGGGGGUGAGCAGCGGGCAGGCGGUGUGGAGGAGCACGGUGGUGGCGGAUGACGUGGCCUUCCGAGAGAGGAACAGGUUCCUGGCGGCCGUGCAGCGGCAACAGUGGCUGAAAACCAUGAUGAGCCGCCUGGUCAUUGGUCAGUAGGUCCGGAGCCGCUCCCUGAUGGGCUGCUGAUUGGUCAGUAGCCCCCGAGUGGAUCCCAGGGCUGCUGAUUGGUCAAUAGCCCCCAAGUGGAUCCCAGGGCUGCUGAUUGGUC